AUGAUGCCUGAUCGGGUAACUCGCAGAUCCCUUCUUGCCAGUUCUCUUCAAGUUCUCAAAUGUGCAUUCAAAAGUCGACGUAGCCGCUCAGGCAACAUGAACGCUGAAGCCAGCCACAGCAACCGCACCCAGGACACUCUUAGCGAAAGCACAAUCAACGAGCCGAUCUGUCCUCCUCCAAAUACCCCCAGAUCACCAUUAUCUGCCACAGAAACCAGCUCAUCGGCAUCCACACCAACCAAGAAGCUACGUUCCGUACGUGGAGAACGAAUCAGGCGAGCUGUAAUGCUAUCUUCAGACACAGCAGACGCUGGAAAGCCUUCCACUCAAGCCGAAGAGGAAGGGCAAGGACAUCUUGGAGACUGCACUGAAGAAUUGAUCUCCGUAUCCCAGCAGGAGGAGGAAAGACAACCUCUGAUCCUGCAUGAGACCUCGUUCCCUGACUCUCAUCGGGCUGAGGGUGAAAAGGCUCACUAUGCCAAUUAUUCUAGACUUCCCACUCCUGUCAAGCCACCGACGUCAAAUCUGUAUUCGCAUGAGAUGUACCAGCAUGAAGGAAGACGGAGUGUGCUUUCCUCUUUGGGGGCACCUCAUACUGCUGGAAAACGGUAUGGCGGAGGGGAUCUGAGGUCUGGUUCAUCGGAGGAUGGUCCUGGAGUAUGCAGCCGAAGCAACAGCAUGCAUGAUGGCCGUACCGGGGCAUCUGAGCAGAAACCAUCAGGCCUACCACUCCCACAGCGAGGCCACAGCAGUGAGCGAGUCCAACUGAGAAGAACAAAUAUACUUCCGGCUUCAACGCGCGACCAUGGCAGCAGCAAGCCAGACAAUGCCCGCAAGUCGCUUCCAGUUGUGGUUACCGGUCGACCGUCAAGAAGAGUAUUGAGCCGGAAGGAGGUGUCCCAUAGUAGAGCCGAGAUGAAGGCAAAUCCAAACUCAAGCUCAAGCUCAGAUCUCAUGAGCACCCAUGCAGCAGAUGCACCCCGGCCAUGCUCAGGAGAGCACCACACAGACAGCCAGCAGUUCUUGCGAUUGAUACCGAUUGAGGACAAUAUCGGUCUUGGCUUGCAAAUGCAGGCACACGAUCAUCAUUCAGAUGCAACGCCCACAUCCGAAGCAGAGUUGGCGAGAUCGAGUCUGGGGGCGCUGCCGAGGCGGGUGCGGUUAACGAAUAAAUUUGAGAACCUGCGGGCACAGAAUGACAAAAAGGAGAAGCAGUCUGGAGAAGCAGCAGUGCAGUCUUUCUUGAAAUUGAAUUGA